UGAUGAGAUCAGCUUACUUCUUAUCCCGUAAUGACUGUAGUUGAACGCAGCCACCUCCAGACAGCCAGAAACCCCCUAGUCCUGCCCAUUCCCCGCAAGUCCGUCUCAACGAGGUUCGAAUUGUCCGCUGCAGUUUCCCUACCAUGUCUAAGCCUACCUUCGUCGUUGUGCCUGGCGCAUGGCACUCCGCUGAGAUAUAUUCCGCGACCACAAAGACUCUGGAAGCGCAUGGGUACCAAACAAUUGGACUGGAAAUGCCAUCAGUGGGCGCAGAGCCAGCUCAUCAAGAUUGGAACGAGGAUGUUCAAGUCAUUCGACAUUGCUUGCAGAAAUUGAUCGAGAAAGAAGAGAAAUACGUGAUUAUAGUAUGCCACUCGGUCAAUGGCUUGGUCACUUCUGAGGCUGCCAAAGGGCUGAGCACUCAAGACCGCAAGGCACAGUCGCUGAAGGGUGGCAUUGAGCGCUUGGUGUAUAUCAUGGCUCUCGCGAUGCCCGUUGGAUUUCAAUGCUGGCCUGCAGGGGAUCACUCGACCGUCCCCAAUUGGAUGAAGAUGGACAAGAUGGGCGUGGCCACCGUCACAGAUGAAGAUGCCCGAAACGUCUUCUACAACGAUCUGAGCGACGAAGAAGCAAUGAAAUGGAUCUCUGAAUUGAAGCACCAAAGCGAGGGUGUCUAUGUUACCCCCGUCACUUACGCGGCGUGGCGACAUAUCCCAUCGACCUACGUAAUUGGUACUGAAGACAAGUCGAGUAUCUCGAGGGAAGUGGUGGACUACAUGAUCAAUCAGGAUCAGCCAAAUGCCAUUGAUUGCGUGGAGACGUGUGAAGGCGGUGGCCAUUGUCUUAUGAUCAGUCGGCCUGAUUGGCUAGCGAGGGUGCUGAGACGGGCAGCGGGGGAGAAGGAUAUUGUGAGAUGAUGCACGUAGGCGCGUACCUUAACUAGAGAUGGAGACUGCCCUCGCCUGUGAUUGGUUCGCUCCACACCCCGGGGGCAUUCUUAGCAGAAUAAUUUCUUGGAGGACGUCUCUGACGAAC